AUGCCAAAAAGGGCCGGCCGCAAGCGCUCUCGCCAGCAGGGACGACCCCGGAAGGAGACAUCGGAGGAGCUGCUGAAGCCGUACCAGCUGGGCUACUUCACUGGGCCGGCGGAACCCAGCCCUACCUACCAUCCCGAAUCCCUUGGACAAUACUCCCCUGUUCCCUACUCCCCAGGGCACUCGCCCUCUGCUCAAUUCCUGUUCCCUCAUCCCCCUACCCCAGUCUCACCCACCGGCUCUCCCGCUCCUCCCCUCAUCUCCAUCGAAGUUCCUCCUCCCCCCGACCGCCGCCCCCUGAAGCCUUAUACGGCCGGUGACAGCCCUCGGGACCCGCGGCCGCAGCCCAUCUCGGCCAGACUUGCUGCACGGCUGCAAGAGCUCUUCGGCCCAGACUCCUGA